AUGUACACGGUGCAUCCGGAAUCCAUGAUUACGGAUAAACGCAAGAUUUGGCAACGCUUUCAAAGUAUAUCUAAGAGUGUAGAGAAUUUUUACAAUUAUCAGCCGACAUUUUGCAACUAUCACAAACGAUUGCUGGAAGAAUUAUGUGAGGAUAAUAUAUUCUAUGCAGAAUUGAGAACGCCACUGACACCGCUCUAUGGCGAUAACAAUCGCACAUUCAAUGCACUUGAAGUGGCCAGUGAAAUGGAGGCAAUCGUUGAGGGCUUCAAGGCGCGUCACCCCGAUUUUGUGGGACUCAAGGUUAUCUAUACAAAGCCCAAUGAGGCGUCUGUGGAUGAAAUGGCACAACACUUAAUAACUUUUAAGCAACUGCAUGAUGCCAAGCCAAAUUUUAUUAUUGGCUUUGAUUUGCUUGGGCAAGAAGAUGCCGGCGAUCCGCUGCACAAAUUCGUCAAUGAAUUAACAGAUAUGCCAUCAACUGCCAACUUUUUCUUUCACGCGGGCGAGACUAAUUGGUUUGGCAAAACCGAUUGGAAUCUCAUGGACGCACUACUGCUCAACACUAAACGCAUUGGCCAUGGUUAUGCACUGCCAAAGCACCCAAACAUUUGGUCAACCGUCAAGAAACGUAACAUUGCCAUCGAAGUUAGUCCGAUUUCAAAUCAGGUAAUGGGUCUUGUGUGGGAUUUGCGCAACCACCCGGCCACAUUUCUUAUAGCCGAAAACUUUCCGAUUGUCAUAACGGCCGAUUACCCGGGCAUGUGGAAUUCAAAAGGUUUGAGCUACGAUUUCUACUACACCUUCAUGGCGCUGGCGCCAGCUGAGGCGGAUUUGCGGUUUCUCAAACAGCUCGCUUUGAAUUCAAUAAAGUAUGCCAUCUUAACGUCUGAGGAGCGUCGCAAAAUUAAUCGCGUCUUCCAGAAGAAAUGGGAAGAAUUCAUUUAUAAUGUGAUUAACUUGAAAUUUUAAAUUAAUAUUUAUUAACUAAGUAGAUAAGUUAUAUUUAUCAAAGCAGUAUUUUAUUUAUAACUACAUAGAUAAUUAAGACGCCAGUUGAUUUAAUAAAAACCCUAAUAAUUUC